UUUCAACCCUCAGUCUGGCGCCGCGUGCGAGCGCGAGUGGAUCUUGGCGCUCCCUCGCUCGAAAACGCUGUCAUCCUCUCGGUUCGGCGUCGCUCGAAGCGAUGAUUCACGACACAGCCGAUAUUUACUGUUCAAAUUCCGAUGACCCAACCUGAAACAGCCCCUCGAACGUUACUAAACUCUCUAAAACUCGAUUUCGAUUAUUCCCUAUAAUUUAUCUUGGAAAAGAAGAUGAACAUUUUCAGCGAGAAACCGUGGUCCCUGUUCCAAGAAACUCGAAAGUCUCUUAGAACAGUGCCGAAAUCGUGGCUGCACAGUGCAAAUCGUCGAUCAUCGGAUGGUCGAUCGUGACUCGGUGAAUCUAUCGCGAGAAACAUGCGACAGACAAACGUGGCAGUUAAUUUCGGAUCGGUAGAAGCCUAGUGGAACGUAGUGGUGCGAACACGUGACGGAAAUGACGGUAGCCGCGUUGCAAUCCCGGCUCCUGUCCGGAUGACGUGACUGGGCCGGGAUCUGUACAGCUCGUUGCCCUUGAUGGCCGUGAAUUCUCAUCUAAGAUGAGUAUCCUAUGCGGCUGGUACGUGCUCGUCCUGCUCACGUGCACGCUUUGGACUGGGCUGGCCGGCUACGCUGACCAAGAGGCUCAGAUCGAGAGGCCCAAGGAACUGCUGCGGCACCAGCAGAACCAUCGACCUUCCUUCAUCGAACGAAAGCUGGUCGACAAACUGGAGAUGCACGAAAGCGUGACGGAGCCUUCGAUGGAGCUAGAAGAUCAGGAGGACACGUUACCGGACGAGGAUGACAAUCAGCAGGAGCCUGAGAAUCGGUUGGUCUCCUUUAGAUCUAAAUUGGAAACUAACAUAGAAAAACCAGUCACCCAAAUCAGACACAGUAGAUCCAGAAGUCAUUUCGUGAGACAGGUGAAGCUAGAUGAUACCGAGUCCUCGUACGUGUUUAGUGGAUCCAGUAGAAGAGCUGAGCAGAUAGACAAUGAAUCUCAAAGCGAGGAUAUUUCGAUUUCAGACCGGCCUAGGAGCAAGAGUGAAAGCCCUAACACGAUCUCAGGCCAGGAUCUGAGAUCGUCGGGCACGAUCGACGAACGAUCUACAGUAGAAUUGGACAAGCUGCUCACCAGACUAUCGGAAGCUGGGUCUGACAAGAAAAAGGAAGGGAGAGUGCGCCACAGAAACGAUUCUUUAUACAAGUGGAAGAAAACGUUCAGCAGAAACAAGUUUAAAGUCUUUAAAAUCUCUAACAGAACUGCCGGCAAUGGGACCGAAAGCUAUGGGAACAUCGUGCAUGGAAUAUCGUUUGGUGACAGGAAAGACCUGGACGACGAGGAUAUCGUCCUAUCGGGCGAUGUUUACGACUAUGGCAUGAUCGGAGAUAGGAACAAUUCGGAAAAUGAAGAUUAUGAGGAGUACGAGGUGACCGAAGAGCAAGGGAAGUCGACCAAGGAACCUGUCCACGUGGACAUCGUCACGAGGUUCCUUCGUAUCAUCGAGAAUCAGCAUAUUCUCGGUGAGAACUGCACCGCUGGGACAGAUUUGAACCUGGGCGAGGGAAUCGUGGACCAAUAUGCUCAGGAAAGGUUCAAAUUGGAAGCUAAUCUCGCGGUGAACAGGGCCAACAUGCUGACCAGACUGUGGAAAUACGCGCCAGACGUAAUGCUCUCCUCGGAGUACCUGUUACACGCUAGCGUCUUGUCGAUGGUCGAGUUUGACGAGGAUAUAUUCGCCGCUGGGAAUUGCUAUGACAAGCUGCAGUACGGAGAUCACUGGCUUUACUGUCCCUUUGCUCAUCGACUUCAGGACCAAGAUGGAAUUCUGGUGAAGGACCUGGCGAUCGAGUACAAGUAUCUGAGCAACAGUAGCGAGUGGUUUUACAUCGCCAGGAAGAACGCCGAGCGCGUGAUCGCGAAUAAUGAUCAGUUCAGUCGCGGUUUCCACACGUAUACACUGAACGAAACGACGCAUACGGAACGCGAGGAAGACGAAAUCCUGACGGUGAAAUACGAGGAUGGUAGAUGGUCGAAACCCUACUACGAUUGCGGUGGUGGAAAUAUUUGGAUGUUGACCUACACUGUUCCCUUUUUCGGAUACGUCAACGACACCUACUUUUUCAAAGGGACAAGUGGAAUAGACAUUGAUCUGCGCAGACUUGACAUAGAUCAGUGCCCUCUGCCACCAGGAUCCACUCAGUUGAACAUCUUUGCAGCCAGUGACAAAUGCAAGAAACGCACCACCGAGUGCAUCGCCAUCCCUGGACUUGGAUUCCGUCGUGGAAGCUACCGAUGCAUCUGCAAACGUGGCUUUUAUUACCCGGACACCAAGUCUAUCAACCGGUACUACAAUGGCACCGUGAUCGAGGAAGAGUACGAGAAAUUGAUGAUGGGUGAAGAGAAUCAGUACGACGUGAAUGGCGUGUUCGAGUGUCUCCCCUGUGCUGAGGGUUGCGAGUCCUGUGAGGACGAUUCACCGUGUGUGGUAUCCUUGAACUGGUUGAUGAGAACUGCUAUCCUCAUCCUGGAAUGCUGCGUCAUCGCCUGUCUGCCCGCUGUCGCCCUUUUCACUUGGAAGUAUGGCAAAGUGAAGGUGGUAAGAGCUGCAAGCCCUGUUCUUCUACGCGUUAUUGUACUAGGUGCAUUUUUCAUAUACUGCACGACGAUAGUAAUGUAUCCACGUCCGAACGUCAUAACCUGUACAGUGCGUGUGUGGCUGAGGGAGAUUGGGUUUUCUCUCACCUAUGGAGCUCUCAUGUUAAAGACUUGGCGAAUAUCGGUGAUAUUCCGGGUGAAAUCGGCGAAAGCGGUGAAGAUAACGGAUGGAAGUCUGCUGAAGCGACUGGGCGUCAUCGUGAUGACAUUCAGCGUGUUCCUGAGCAUCCGCACGCUGGUUGCACCGCCUGUAGUUAUAGUGGCACGAACAGCGGACGACCUGAAGGCUUAUCUCUGCCGGACUGACUGGUGGGAUCACAGUUUCAUCAUACUUGAGGUUAUAUUUCUUAUAUGGGGAAUCAGGCUGUGCAUCGUGGUGAGAAGAACACCGUCAGAGUUCAACGAGAGUCGAUUCAUCUCGAUGGCAAUUUACAACGAAUUUAUACUGUCAGUCUUCCUAAACGUAUCUAUGUUGUUCAUGCAGUCGCCAGCCAAUCCGGAUUUACUCUACUUAAUAUUUUUCUGUCACACCCAGUUAACGGUGACGCCGCUGCUGUGCUUGAUAUUCGGCAGCAAGGUCUACAUGGUGUUCCGCAGCGGAGGCAAGGAAGACUCGAAACACUCCGGGGCCACAGGUAAAUUUCUGGGGAAAAGCAGUCGCCCGACGGGUACUAGCAACCAGACAAACUCCAUAUCCCUUCAGCAUGGAAACUUCACAGACGAAAGCGACGGGGCGACGGAGGAAUUCCGUCGGUUCAUGAUUCAGUUAGAAGUUCUAAAGGAAAAAAACGUCCUACUUGGUAAUCAUCACUUGGUGAACAAACUCGCAGCCAUGCAGGAAGCUGCGAAUCGCGUUGAAACACAGGUGUCGACCAUCCAGGUCAUCUCCUGCGGCAUGAGACUGAACGAUCUUAACGGAUCUACGACAAUCGCCGAAACGGAUGUUGGAGGAUCCUUUAAAAGUGACGUCGAUCAGAAAGGUGGAGAGUUUAGGGAGGAAAAGAAGUGUCAGGCCUGCGUGGAGAAAAAUGGGAUUAGAAGCAAGGACCAGGGUUCUUCCAAGGAGAUUGUAGUCCUAGCUUCUGUGGAGACGAAGAAAUCAACGGCGACCAACGAUGUGGCGGUCUCUACUUCCGGUAAACCGGCUACAGAGGACAUUGGAACGGAAACGAAGCACGAGGACAAAGAAAGUGAGGUUAGGGAGCGCGACAAGAGUAAGAGCAAAUCCGGCCACGCGAGGACGCACGCUAUAGUCAUCAAUCUGGACGAUAAAAGCAGAUUCUCUGAAGAAGUCACCGUGUAAAAAUGCAACUAAAUUUGGCUCUGUGAAAACUGAAUUACAGUUUCGAAUCAAAGUCUUCUAGUUAUUCUAGAAUUCACUGUGAAAGGUGAAACUAACUAAUCGAGUGACUAGAAACAUAUGUUCGAGGAAGUGUAAAGCUAGGGAAUUUGGUGCUGAUUUCUUUUGUUAUGACGUAAUGGUGACAUUUCUUUCAUUGAUGUUCGAUUUCAACUUUCGUGUUCUUUUGUCUGUAAUUAAUUGUAGAUCGAAAGUAAAAUGAACGAUCUGAUUAAGUAACCAGUGUGGUGCCGGCGUGAGAAAAAUUCCCUAGAAUCGAUUCUCAUUUUUUAAUUUGAGCUGAAAUUUUUAAAUAAAUUUUAGUUCUUCGAGAUAAAACUGUUAGAUAUAUGAAAAAUAUUUAAUACAAGUAAUGCUUAGUAUACCAAAAUGGAAUCAUAUUUUACACAGAGUAAGGAAAAAAUAAUACGGAAAAA